AUGAGCUUUGUUCGUAACAGAAACAACAAACGGCAAAGAACGGGACGUGGACCACGGAAGCCAAAAUCAAAUAGAGAUAAAGAGGAAAGACAACUUUCCAUAAGAAAUGAAGAGGGAUACUUUAGUAAGGCCACCAAACUUGGUUCAAGCAAUGAAUUUGUUGAUUUUGAAACCCUGAUUCAGCCGUACCUAUGGACAACUGUUACACCGGUUAUUGAAUCAGCGACAAGAACUCAUGCAUCUGCUCGAAUGCCGACACUAAAAAGAUUGUGUGCUGAACAAUUGGCUCGGAAUGUGGAAUACAUAGGUUGGCAUUUGAUAGCUUCGGCACCAUGGUCAAUUUGGAAAUUAGUAUGGACAAUCAUUGUAAAGACUGGACAGGACUCUCCAGAAACGUAUGCAAAGUUUGCUAAAUUUUUCCAUUCUUUUCAGGAUUUUAGGGCUCAUAGGUACUUGUUAGAACAGGGAAUACGGGGACAGGCUAUUGGUAAAUACUUGAUUCCGGGAUGCCGUUUGCAUCGUGUUGAGACUGUUUUCGGCAAUAUAGACUUACAUGAUACAAUAAAGUUUUUGGAUAUCUGGCAACCAAUUACUAUUCUCGACUUGUCCUUGAUUAAAUUAUCCCGUGAUGAGUACUUUGCACUUUUCAAUAUUCCUAAUUUGGUAUGUUUGAGUCUUUGCAAUCACCAUAUUGACGAUACUUUUAUUGCUAGUUUGUGUUCUACUAUUAAAAAUAGGAAAUUAUGGAAACUAUCUGUGUUGAAAAUAGAAAACACCAAAGUAACAAAAACCGGAAUAAUGAGUCUAUUUGCUCUAGGCAAAGAAUCGUGCGAUUUAGCAUGUAUCGAAACAGACAUCCCAAUUGUUGAUAACUAUGCUUGCAGCACAAACUGGCUGAAAUUAGAUAAUGAAAGUGCACUGAUUUAUCGUCUUCCCUUGGCCUUGAAAUUGAAUGCUUUGAUGAAGAAAAACAUUCUCCAAACAAGCAUUAUCAAUGAUAAUAUCAUGGACUUGAUGGUAGUUGAUAAAACAUGGCAUAGUUCAAAUGCGUCCCAAGAGAAUAUCAACCUGGCAUGGGAAGCACGGAAAGAUGCAACUAUCAAACGAUAUAGAGGGAAAACUUACAUACGAAAACACGAGCUUCAGAAAGUCGAUGGACCUAAUGGCAUUAAUGCAGUAAGUUCUACAGAAAAUACCCUUCUUCCUACAGAACAACGACGGAAAAAACAUAAAAAUAGAAUCCAAUUAAAUGCAAAAAAUUUCUUUUGUAUAUAA